ACCACGAAUAUUGCAGGAGUUUGAGAGAGAGAGAGAGAGAGAGAGAGAGAGAGAGAUGGCUCAGGCAGCUGAAAUGGGUAGCAGAGAAAGAAGAUGGAGUCUUCAAGGAAUGACAGCUCUUGUCACGGGCGGAACAAAAGGAAUAGGGCAUGCUAUUGUGGAGGAACUCACAGGUUUAGGGGCGACUGUACAUACAUGCUCUCGGAAUGAGCUCGAGCUGAAUGAAUGUUUAAGUGAAUGGAGAAAGAAGGGCUUUCAAGUCACUGGUUCAGUGUGCGAUGCAUCCUCUCCAACUGAGCGAGAGAAGCUAAUAACCGCGGUCUCCUCCCUCUUUAAUGGGAAACUCAACAUCCUUGUUAACAAUGUAGGAACAAACAUAAUGAAAACGACCACAGAGUACACAGCUGAAAAUUUCUCCUUUAUCAUGGCCACGAAUUUCGAAUCUGCUUACCAUUUUAGCCAACUUUCACAUCCUCUUCUGAAAGCUUCAUCAGCAGGGAAUGUUGUAUUUGUGUCUUCAGUUUGUGGUGUUGUAUCAGUGAAUGUGGGAUCCAUAUAUGCAGCAACUAAAGGAGCAAUGAACCAGCUAACAAGAAGUUUGGCAUGCGAGUGGGCAAAAGAUAACAUAAGGACUAAUUGUGUUGCACCAUGGUUUAUCUGGACCCCCCUUGCUGAUCCUUAUCUUGCUAAUGAAAACUUCUUGAACUCUGUUAUCUCUCGAACACCCAUGGGACGCGUUGGAGAGCCAAAAGAAGUAUCGUCCUUAGUGGCGUUCCUUUGCCUUCCUGCGGCCUCUUACAUAACCGGACAGACUAUCUGCGUCGACGGAGGGAUGACCGUGAAUGGCUUAUUGUGCCCAUAAUUGCAUAUAUGAUUCAGAAUUAGAGAAAGCAAAUGCCAAUUUCCCUACUUGCAGACUUUGCAGUAUUGCAUGAUAAUAAGGCAUCAGUUUGUUUGAUCUCUGUGUGCUCUCGUGUAACUUUGUUAUAAUUAUUACAAACUUGUAGCCCCGUUCUAUUCAUGCGCAGGUUUUUAUUAAUAUUUAUAUAAUGAUUUAUGAAUUUGGUUUUAA